UUUUGUUCUAUUAUAUAAAUUUUUCUACAAAAGAAAGAUAGAACUAGACUACUAUGUAUAUAUAUAUAUAUAUAUAUAUAUAUAUAAAUGUAAGAGAUGAAAAAAGAAAAUCUUAUGCUACAUAAUUCAUCAUUAUUAUUAAUAUUAUUGUUAUUAUUAAUGGAAGUACUGAAGAAGAAUAAUUACUUGUGGUGCUGUCUCUUUUUGAUGGUGUUAUGGGCAUUAAUAUCAUCAGUAGCAGCAGGUCUUACUAUGGUAAACUCACCCAAUUGUCAGACAAAAUGUGGAGAUGUUGAGGUGCCAUACCCCUUCGGAAUCGACGACGAAAACUGCGCCAUUAGUAAAGAUAUUGAUCAGUACUUCUUGCUCACAUGCAACACUACUAAUACUACUGAUGGUUCUCCUAAACUAAUGUUUGGUAAAUUGGAGGUUCUGAAGAUCAAUGUGGAGAACGCAACUAUGAAGGUUGUUAAAAGCUACUCCUACGAUUGUUAUGAUAAGAAUGGUACCUUAACUCGUAGAAGCAGACGAGGGCUAACAUUGAGUAAGUCGUUCACGCUGUCAGAUUCUGAGAACAAGCUCUUUGCUUUCGGAUGCGACACACAAGCCUUCAUGUACGCUUCAAAAAAUAAUUUUGGGAGUGGGUGCAUCUCCAUCUGCUAUGAAAAUGUAAAGAUGUCGGCCCAAACCUCGUGUUCGGGUUUCGGCUGUUGCCAGACCUCUGUUCCCAAGCAUAUCAAGUAUUUAUCAGUUACAACCAGUAGCUUCAAUAACCACACCAAUGUAUCCUCGUUCAACCCGUGCGGGUAUGCGUUCUUGGCCGAUCAAAAUAGUUUUGACAUAUCAAAAAUGCGUCUCGAUUCUAAGCCUGAACAAAUCAAGAAUACUAGCGUUGUGGUGGAUUGGGUUGUGGGAAACCAGACGUGUGAGGAAGCUCAAUCCAACUCAUCAUCAUCUUCCUAUGUGUGUGGAGAAAAUAGUGAUUGUUACUAUUCGGAGAAUGGUGGUGGAUAUCAAUGCCGUUGCAAACAAGGAUACGAGGGAAAUCCUUAUCUCAAACAAGGAUGUCAAGACAUCGAUGAGUGUUCAGAUCCUACUAUCAUACCACAUUGCAAAGGAUGCAAAAACAUACCUGGAAAUUACACAUGCAAGUGUCCACUUGGGAUGCAUGGAGAUGGGAAAAAUGAUAAUUGUCAAGGAUUUCGUUUUAACACAUUUGCGACAGUUAUUGCAGCAAGCCUUCUUUUGAUGGUAAUAGUUUUACUCAUUUUCUACGACUACAAAAGGAGAAAGAGAGAGAAGAUAUUCAAACAAAAUGGUGGACUCUUAUUAAAAAACCAAAGAGUGAGAAUCUUCACCAAAGCAGAGUUAGCCAAUGCAACCAAUAACUACAACCAAUCUAAUUUCAUCGGUCAAGGUGGCUUUGCUUCUGUUUACAAAGGAGUAAUUAUACUAAAUGAAGCUAAUAGUAUUACUAACACAAGUACUCAACUAAUAGCCGUGAAGAAACCAAAACUUGAGAAGGAUGAUCAAAAUAAAAGCAUACAAAUAAACCACCAACAAUUCCAUGAAGAAAUCGCCAUUGUUUCUCAAGUCAAUCACAAGAAUGUGGUCAAACUCUUAGGCUUAUGUCUUGAAACAAAAAUCCCACUUCUAGUUUACGAAUUGGUACCAAACGGAACCCUCUCUCAACACAUCCAUGCUAAGGGAUCAUCAUCAUCAUCUGCCAUGUUAAGGCCUUGGAAAACUCGACUACGCAUUGCAUCAGAAACCGCUCUCUCCAUUGACUAUUUGCACUCUUUAGCUCAACCUCCAAUCAUUCAUCGAGACAUUAAGUCGACUAACAUUCUUUUGGAUGAAAACUACACUGCAAAAGUGUCUGAUUUCGGUGCCUCGGUUUUGAUCCCUCCAGGCCAGACUGGCAUAGCCACAACAGUUCAAGGGACUAUCGGUUACUUAGAUCCAGAAUACUUGACUACUAGUACAUUAACUUCGAAGAGCGAUGUUUAUAGCUUUGGUGUUGUUUUGGUGGAAUUGAUAACUGGAGAAAAGCCGAUCUCAAAUGGGGUUAGGAGGAGUGGAGCGAAGAGUAAUAUUAUUCAGUACUUUGUUUCAACGGUAAGAGAAAACAAGGGUAAGAAAUAUGUGGGUAAAAUAGUGGAUCCUAAUGUUGUUUACGAUGAAAAUCAUGAGAUAGAGAUAGAAACAGUUGCUGAGCUCGCAAUGAAGUGUUUGGAAGGAUUCGGCGAAAGAAGACCGACGAUGAAAGAAGUUGCAGAAGAGCUUGUUUGGCUUAACAAAGGCAUUAACAAAGGCAGUAGUAGAUACUAUAAUAAUGCUCAACAGAAUAAUGAAGAGACCAAUCAAUUACUCAUCGUUGAUCAUGGUGAUCAAUCAUCUGUUAUGAGUAAUAUAGAUAUUAAGAAUAAGGAUCAAAUUGUUGAGUAUACCACAUUUGAUGUGUCAGGAUAUGAUGGGGAAUCAUCAAUUUCUCUUCACUAGCACUUUUCACAAUAUAGUCGUGUCAAGUAAUGAGUUUGUUAAAACUAUUAAGACUUAGUUUGCUCUUUGUACUAUUUAUAAUGAGUAUCACUAUAAAUACAUUUUAUAAUGAGUAUUCAUUUAAUAAGACAGUUGCUAAAAAUUUGCAGCUUUCUAAC